AAGUCUGUCAGACAAAGAAUCAACACCACAAUCACGAGUCGUGGUCCUCUGUGCCACAUUCUUCGAGGUUUUUUGUGUGACCACACUUGACAAUGAUUACAUCGGCAUUGGACAGAAACCCCUGGUUCAUCGGGGCUGUCAGCCUCUUUCUGUGGCUGGUGUCGCUCGCCAUCUAUCGGCUGUAUCUGCACGCAUUGGCCAGGGCAGGGGUUCCUGGCCCUAAGCUGGCUGCCCUGACAACAUGGUAUGAGGCCUAUUACGAUGUCAUUUUGAAGGGACAGUACAUUUUCGAGAUUGAGCGCAUGCAUCGGAAAUAUGGUAUUUGCUUUCUGCUGUUAAAAAUGCUGAAGAAGACGUUUUGCAAUCGCUCAAUGGACAAACUAAAGAAAGACGGUCGUGUUGACAAUCAAUUUUCGAAAUAGGACCGAUUGUGCGUAUUGGCCCAAAUGAAGUUCACAUCCUGGAUCACGAAUACUACGACAAGUUGUAUAACAUGUCGAACCGCCUCGAUAAAUCCGCCUACUUUUACUGCAUGCUGGGUAACCCCAAGGCGUCGUUCGGAACCAUUGCAGCCGACUUACAUCGCAUUCGCCGCGGAGCUCUGAAUCCGUUCUUCUCCCAACAGGCCGUUGCGAAAUUCUCGGGUCAUGUGCAGGCUAUCGUGGAUCGAUUUGUGGAUCGUAUCAAGUCAUGCGCGGAGCGUGGGGAGACUAUCCCGUUGUUUUAUGCCUACCGGUGCGUCACCGUAGAUAUUAUCACCGAAUAUAUAUUUGGCCAUCAAUUCAAUCUCUUGGAUCGUGCCGACUGGGGUCGGGAUUUUUAUUCAGCAUGGCGGAGUCUAUGGGAGCUAUCUCCCACCAUUCGCCAGUUUCCCUGGAUGAUGGACGCUUUCAUGGCGAUGCCUCGUUGGUUCACAGCAUUGACAAAUCCCAAAGCACUGGAAGUCGUAGAUUUGUUCUCCGACGUGGAUGAACAGACAAAAAUACUUCUAUCCUCAGAUCUCAAACAAAUCGAAUCAAAGCCAUAUCCGAUUGUAGUCUGGGGACUUUCCAAGUCUGAUUUGUUACCGGCAAGCGAAAAGACUUUUACUAGGCUUGCCGUGGAGGCAAACGGAUUGCUGGCUGCCGGAUUUGAGACAACUGGUGCUGUUUUGACUCACACCACAUAUCAUAUCCUUGCCAAUCCUGAGGUUCAUCGCAAACUAUUAGCGGAGCUGGCGGAAGCAAUCCCUGACCUGGAUCAUAUACCGGGGUUUCAGCAACUUGAACAACUUUCUUAUUUACGGGCAGUUGUUAAGGAGGGUCUUCGUCUCGCUGUGGGAGCAUACUCUCGUCUUCCCCGUGUUAACCCUUCCGGAGAUAUGCAGUACGGAAAUUGGGUUAUUCCCGCUGGCGUAAGUAGAUCACUGUCUUAGGUUGAUAGUGUAGAUCGACAGUGUCUUAAAAUAUCAAACAGACCGCAAUCGGCAUGUCCGCUCUCUUCAUCGCUAAAAGCCCCCUUCUCUUCCCGGACCCAGAUACCUUCAAUCCCGAACGAUGGAUUAUUAACGAUCAAAGUCCCGGAAGCGAGCGUCUAGAACAAUAUAUCUUGGCUUUUGGCAAAGGAACGCGAUCAUGUGUGGGCACUAACCUGGCCCAUGCGGAAAUGUAUACGAUUCUCGCCACGAUUUUCCGAAAGUUUCCGCAUAUUAAGUUGCACAAUACCACGCCUAGGGAUGUUGAGCUUGCUCAUGAUUAUUUUGCGGGAAUGACGAGGGCUGAUACCCAGGGACUGCAAGUUAUUGUGGACCGAACAAACAGAUCGGAAAAACAGUAAAUUGAUUAACGAGAAAAAUGGUUAUCGGAAGAGGAUGAAUUGACGGGGGUGUUUGGCUACUUAUGCACAAGAAUAUCCCUGCAAGUACACGAGAAAUUAUCAAGGAAUUCUCCCUUGUCUGUGUAACAAAGACGAUAGCCUUUGCAUUGGAGCGGGAAUGUCACCCUCUGAUAUGUUUUGUCCUGAAAUAUUCUUUAUUACAAGUCCAAAACACAAGCCAUACAACCUAUGCUUUCACAGUGACUCUAUUCCCAAUUAUUUUUCUACAAAGUGCAUCGCUUGUGUCUAUAGGCCAGAUCACUCGCGGAAUUGAUAGGAUGCUCUUCAUGACUGCAGAUGCAAGCUCCCCCAUAGCUAUAAAUCCGCUUUU